AUGGGCUCGAAGUGUUGGUUCGUUCUGAAUCAAACGCACUACCCACCUCCGGAAAUCCCUACAAAUGGCAUCGGGAAACUCAAAGGCCCAAUAUGCCUCGGGCAUAUCAUUCCGGACCUGAGACAUCUCGACAGUGUCAUUAAUCGGAGGGACCUCCUGCCCAUACCGCCAGACAUGCCAAUUUAUUCAACUAAGUCGUGGGAGUUGGCCUGGAAAGUCAACAACGCCGAUGGCAUCGACUUUUUUUCUAAAUUUAGCGCGCCGAUUGCCGCUGCAGUCGGUUUGACUGUGCAAGGCGAUGUUGGUGUUGCAUUCGAGAGAACAGUUGGCAAAUACUGGCAGUUUGAGGCGCUUGAGACUGCCAUAAUUCAACCAACAGCUGCUUAUAUCGAGGACUCUAUGGAGACAGAUGAGGUCGUGGCCUACGUGAGACGUCAAGGGCCUCUCCGAUCAUCCUCAUCUUUCAUGAUCACUGGCAUUAUCAUUGCGAAGGGAUCUAAGUACGAAUUGUCACAUUCAGCGGCAAAAGGACUGGGUGGAGGUUUUCAGGUUACCUCAUCGUCCGCGGAAAGGAUGACGGACUUCAUAUGGGCCGUACGUCUGGCAAAGAUUGGCAAGGGUGUACUUGAUCGCGCGUGGUCGCACAGAACGCUAUCAAGGGGCGCUACGUUUGGGCUGCAUGUUGGGGACGAAGAUGAUGUUGUGGAUACACUCCACAAGGAAGGCUUAGAGGAUAUUCAGAAGGAUGGAAUACAUCCGGAGCUGGAAGAUAUCUUUGUCAUCGGCGACCUCAAAUAA